AUGGCAGAAGGUGUAGUGAUGGACGCGGUGGUUCAGGUUCUUGUUAGAGAUGUGGCUGAUGCUGUCUAUGUUCAUGGCCAGUGUGUUUUUGGAUUUCAAACUCAGUUUGAGGCUAUGAGAAAUGAACUUACUCUCAUGCGGGCAUUCCUCACUGACACGGAGAAGAUCAAACGGAAGUAUGAAAUUCUUAAGCCAAUAUUGGUUGAUCUGAGAAAAUUAGUAUAUGAAGCUGAUGACUUGAUGAUGGAUUGCAUAAUUCGAACGAAGUACUGGAAGAGCAAAGGGACCUUCUCUUGCUACCAUCUAUCUCCUCGUGAACUGUUCUUCCGUUAUCAAACAGGAAAGAAGUUGACCUACAUUAACAAGCGAAUUGUGCAAAUGAAAGGGACUUUGAGAUCCUAUCUUCCAGCAGUUGAUCGCAGCAGUGAAGGGAGUAGCAGCAAAAGACGGUUUAAUUUACCGGUUUUCAACCAAUCUGAUGUAGUUGGGUUAACAGAAGAUGUUAGAACUAUCAAAGGGUGGAUUCUCCCUCACAAGGAGGAAUUACAUCGCAUUGGUACUGUGGGGAUGGGGGGCUUGGGCAAAACUACAAUUGCCCAAAAGAUCUUCAAGGAUAAACAGGUAAUUGCUAGCUUUGAGGAGAGGAUUUGGGUGACUGUAUCUCAAAAUGUUGACGAGGAUGAAAUCGUGAGAAGUAUCUUGGAUGAUUUGAAGGUAAAUGAUAGAUCCGGUAACUUGCUGCACAAAAUGUCUGAAGUGCUUACCAGGAAAGCUUACCUAAUUUUCAUGGAUGAUGUAUGGAAAAUUGCUGCCUGGUGGGAAAAUAUCUCCAGUGGACUUCCAAAGACAAAGGAGCACAGCAGUUGCAUCAUAAUUACAUCAAGAAAUGAGUAUGUCUUGAAAAGAAUGGGAGUUGUGGAAGAAAGAGUUCAUCGACCCAAGCUUCUAAGUGAAGAAGAGGGUUGGUCAUUAUUCUGUAAAGUUGCUUUCUUGUCUAGCAAAGCGAAUUCUGAGUUAGAAGAAACAGGGAAGAACAUUGUGAAAAAGUGUGGCGGCCUUCCGCUAGCUAUCAAGACAAUUGGAGGUUUGCUAUCAUCAAAAAGUCAGAUUUUAAAUGAGUGGAACCGGAUUUAUGAAAAUUUUCAUGCAAAACUAGAAGAAGAAAGCAAUAGUUCAGAAGCAGAAAGCGACAGAACAACUGUUAUGGCUUCUUUGAAGCUAAGCUACGAUGAGCUUCCUACUGAUCUACAGCAUUGUAUCCUUUGCUUGUCAAUAUAUGCGGAAGACUAUGAAAUAAGGGCUGAGCAAUUUGUUCGCUGGUGGGUGGGGGAAGGUUUUGUCCGAGACAAAGGCACGGAAACUGCAAGAGAUGUAGCUUAUUGUUACCUGUCCGAAUUGAUCAGCACAUGCUUGACUGAAGUUGUUCAACGAAGGAAUUAUGAUGGAAGAGUCUAUAAUUGCAAAAUCCAUGAUAUGGUUCGGGAUUUGAUAAUUAAAAUUGCCAGGGAAGAGGAUUUCAGCAGCUUUGACAAAGGAAAUAGGCAGGUACCUACUGUAGAUACUCGCCGGUUAGGAGUCACAGGUGAAAUGAAUCUCCAUGCCCUUGAAGGAAACUCAAAGUUAAGGGCAUUAUUAUGGGAUCUAUGGCGUUGGAUCACUUCCCAGAAACGCCUAGCUUACUUAAACCUUCGCAAUGCAGCAAAAUUGGUUGAACUGCCAGACUCAAUUGGAAAGCUAUGGGGCCUACAGAUUUUGAUCCUUGGUGAAUGCAAGAACCUAGAAAAGGUAUCUGUAUUAAUAGCAAAUCUUUCAGAACUAACGGUUUUGGAUGUUGGGAAUUGUCCAUUGCUCCAGUGCCUGCCCCAGGGACUUUCUAGACUUUCCAAUCUUCAAGAGCUGUAUGGAUUCAAAAUAGCCAGUUCAACAGACACAAAUGGCUGUCACCUUGGUGAGCUUAAGGAUCUACCCAACCUUCGGGUGUUGCAGGUAGACAUAAAGGAAGAAAGCAUAAUCAAGGAUGAGGAAGUGACAGUGUUAGCACAACUUAAUCACCUAAGGGUGUUGUCAAUCAAUGCUGGGGACUCUGAGGACAAGGACAUCCUAAGAAAGCUUGAUAUGCUUUGCCUUCCAACCUGUCUUGAAGAGCUGUAUUUGCGGCAUUACUUUGGAGAAAGUACACCACAAUGGAUGAACCCCACUUCACUCCCUCAACUUCAAUAUCUGUGUAUUGAAGACUCCAGGGUACUCGGCCACAUAAACAGUGAUUUCUGGGGCAAGGAAGGCAAGACUUGGAAAAUAGUAGGGUUGUGCUUGAAGUUUUUGCCAAAACUGCAGGUGGAGUGGUCAAUGGUGCGGAGGGGGAUGCCUUCACUGAGGUUCGUGGAGGUCAGUCACUGUAACUCGUUGAAGUCAUUCCCUUUCAAUGUCGAGGGUCUAGGAAUUUGGAGGAGAGUGGAGAAAGAUAAAGUGGAAGAGGAAAAGGAAGAGAUCAAAGAGGAAGAGAAAAAGGAAGAGACCAAGGAGGAAGAUAAAAAGGAAGAGAUCAAGGAGGAAGAGAAAAAGGAAGAGAUCAAAGAUGAAGAAAUCAAAGUGGAAGACAAGUGCUGA